GACUGCUCUGCUAAUCUCCAUCGACGGCGAAGAAGAAGAUGGUGACGACGGAGAAGAAGAUGGUGACGACAGAGAAGAAUGGAUACUGCGGUGGCGGGGACGAGGCACACAUGCGUGAAGCUCGAGAUUUACACCCCUGCGAGCGAACCAGUCUUCGUCAAGGGAACGUGGUUCGAGGGUCGCUUCGACCUCGCCAUCAUCGACGACCUCCACUCUUGGGUCUGCCACGCUAGGGAAGAGGACAUGUGAGAUAGAGUGACGCAAUGGAUCAGCCAGUUUCCGAGUAUAUCCAAUUGGCGGAGAAGCA